AUGAGCCCCAUCCGCUUAGUUUAUGGAAAAGCCUGUCACCUCCCAGUCGAGAUAGAGAACAAGGCAUUAUGGGCGGUAAGAGAAAUCAACAUCGAAUUUGAGAGGGCCAGAGCAGAAAGGAAGAUGAAACUACAAGAAUUAGAAAACCUUCUCCUUGAAGCGUAUGAUAACUCCAGGCUAUACAAAGGAAAGAUGAAGGCUGUGCAUGACAAGCACAUUAAAUGGAGAGAGUUUAAACCAGGGGAAUCAGUUCUCCUCUACAACUCCAGACUAAGGCUCAUGUCAGGCAAGCUGAGAUCAAGAUGGGAAGGUCCCUAUAGAGUAGAGAAGGCAGAGCCACACGGAGUCUUUCACCUAAGUCAUCCUUCAAGCUCCAAAUUUAUAAAAGUAAAUGGACAUCGCCUUAAGCCGUAUCAUGGUGAGCAGAUGAAGAAAAGCAAGGAGCUGGAGAUCUUCCUCGUAGAGGAUCCACCCACAGCGGAAGACUAA